AUGUUACAAAACUUGCACACGGCAUCUUCACGCAGCCUACGUUUAUUACGUGGCAGUCGCUCGACGCAUUCGAUGAGAAGUGCUCGCACCGCCGACAGUGAAACAGCAAGAGCAGCUCCAUACGUGUUCCUGGUUACUAGCGACUUCGCGAAAUCGGAGGAAGAGCGAGUGCUACUGAGCUCGAUGGUCGCCCCGCACAACAACGGCCGCCUGACGAGGUCGCUCGUGAGGAUUCCGGGCAGCGGCUCCUGCAGGGCCGCCGGCGCCGUCUACCAGGAUUUCUCCCGCGUGUCUGGCGUGGCCGCCAUGGUGGCUGCUCAGCACCCGCCGCCGCAGGCCAUGAUGCAGGCGCAGCACAGGAACCUCAGCAGCAGCAGCAUGGACGCGGCCUUCUUCAGGAAGAUGACGGCGAUCGAGGACUCGCUUCCUGGGGGCGCAGGAGUGGAGAUCGGCGGCCCGGAGGCCCGGUGGGCGAGGAGGGAUGCGCCCGACGUCCGCACAGGAGCCCGAGCCGGAGGUGGUGCUUCAGCUCGAUCUGCCGGAGGGGGGGGCGUCCCUCCCAGCAUGCCGACGUCCUCGCAGCCUGCGAGAGACCGAAACCCUUAUGGGACCCCGCGCAAGCGCCUUCGGUCUCAUCCCAGCGAGGGAAAUGGGGAGGCGGUUGUUCCGCCUCAGGCAAAGGCGCCCAAGGUGAUGUACAUGGCCGUGCCCGUCGUGGGCGGCGCCGGGGCUGCUUCCCCGGCGCCCGGCCGAGUGGCAGCCGCCGCCAUGCUGGUGCCGACACUGAGCGAGGGACCUGUGGGAGUGAAAGGCGACGACGAGCGGCCGACGGUGAGGAUGGUCGCGGCGGGGCGCCCCUUCGUGCUCAGCGGCGAAUCCAUGAAGCAGCUGCUGGACGAGAGGAACCAGCUCGUGCAGGAGAACCAGGCCCUGUCGCAGAGGGUGCAGGCCUUCCAGCAGCUCUUCCGGAACAGGACUCGACUUCUCAGUGUGCUGAGGACGCUUGGCCUGACGGUGGUGUGAGGGCCUCGAGGGCGAGCCUUGUGGCUCCUCUGGCAGACGCGUGUCCGGCGUGUCCUCAGGCGAUGUGUAAAUUCUUGUCAGCCAAAUAUUGAAAAGCCAACAUACGCUCUAAAUAUCUGAUAUGUACAAAGUUGAUGUGUAAAUGUGGUUCUUAAUUAUAUAAGUGUAUAUGUAUAUAUAAUUUAACAGAGUGAUAUUCAUAACCAUAUCAUUAUCAGGAAACCAACUCGUACAUCAUUUCAUUUACAUUUUGCAAGAAAUCAAAUUAUCAUUUACUUAUUAAUCAUCGUCUCGCCUCAAGAACCAUCAUUAGAAUAACAACUGAUUAACGAAAAUGCCAAAAAAAAAAAAAAAAAAAAUCAACCAAAAUUCCAAUAAAACAAAGAAUAUUUAAUGAUAACGAAUCCGUGUUGCACUGAAGGGACGGCAACAAAGACAAUCCACCUGCUUGAUGUCCCCAUCGGCGUCCAUCACUCGGGCAUUCUGGAAAGUCUUCUGUCUGCACGUAAUACGGAGUUGCUCAUUUAUUUCUGAUAAAAGUCUAAUAAAAUGGACACCAACGGAUA